AUGGCUAAGAAUCAAGAUAUAGAGAAAGCUGAAAGCAGUUUGCGAGAAGAAAUUAAAGUUCCACUUAUUUCACAAGAAAAGAGAGCAGAAAAAGUCGAAAACUGCAAUGGAAGUGAUAAGCAGAUCAAGGAGGAAAGAUGGAUGGUUUACCUCAGUACAUUUGUUGCAGUUUGUGGCUCUUAUGCAUUUGGAUCUUGUGCAGGGUAUUCAUCACCUACGCAAUUCGCCAUCCGAGAUGAUCUAAGUUUAUCCUUGGCAGAGUACUCAUUGUUUGGCUCGAUACUGACUUUUGGAGCAAUGAUAGGAGCAAUUACAAGUGGUAAAAUGGCUGAUUAUAUAGGUCGUAAAGGGGCAAUGACAGUAUCGAGUGGAUUCUGUGUAGCAGGGUGGCUAUCGAUUUACUUCGCCAAGGGAGCUCUGCCUCUGGACAUUGGAAGAUUGGCAACAGGAUAUGGAAUGGGAGUCUUUUCAUAUGUGGUACCAGUGUUCAUAGCUGAAAUCUCUCCCAAAGAUUUACGAGGCGCUUUGACAACCAUAAACCAGCUGAUGAUUUGUACUGGAGUAUCUGUUUCCUUCAUCAUAGGCACAUUUCUAACAUGGAGGGCUUUAGCAAUAACAGGAAUAAUCCCAUGUGCUGUUCUCCUUGUUGGCCUCAUUAUCAUCCCAGAAUCUCCAAGAUGGCUGGCGAAAAAAGGAGAUCAAAAAAAGUUUGAAGUUGCAUUAAGAAGACUUCGGGGCAAAAAAGCUAACAUAUCCGAAGAGGCAGCUGAAAUCCAAGAUUAUAUAGAAACUCUUGAGAAACUUCCGAAAGCCAAAAUGCUCGACUUAUUUCAAAAACGAUACCUGAGUUCUGUCACGAUCGGUGUUGGGCUAAUGGUCUUUCAACAAUUUGGAGGAAUCAAUGGAAUUUGUUUCUAUACCAGCAGUAUUUUUGAGUCCUCAGGAUUCCCAGCCAACGUAGGAACGAUAACUUAUGCUAUUCUUCAGGUCAUUAUAACUGCACUAGGUGCAACCUUAAUAGACAGAGCAGGACGAAAACCGCUUUUAUUGAUUUCUGCAUUCGGCCUAGUCCUAGGUUGUCUGCUAACAGGGAGCUCGUAUUAUCUUAAGGAGCAUGGAAUAGCAGUGAACGCAGCACCAGCACUAGCCGUGACAGGCAUACUAGUGUACAUAGGAUCAUUUUCAGCUGGAAUGGGAGCAGUUCCUUGGGUAGUGAUGUCCGAGAUAUUCCCUAUAAACAUUAAAGGAGUUGCAGGAAGUCUUGCAACACUCGUGAAUUGGUUUGGUGCGUGGGCAUGUUCCUACACAUUCAAUUUUCUUAUGAGCUGGAGCUCUUAUGGAACGUUCAUUCUUUAUGCUGCAGUCAAUGCACUUGCCAUUCUGUUCGUCAUCAAAGUAGUACCCGAAACAAAAGGAAGAACUCUGGAACAAAUACAAGCAGCGAUAAAUGCCUCAUAA